GACCACGUUACCCAUAAUGCAGUGUGAGCAAAACUCGCCGCACCUUCACCGGGUGGAGCUUGUCAACGUGGGAACGUUUUGUAGAUCCUGCUGGCUACUGGAGUGAAAACAGAAAGGGGGUGAGGCGAUAUGCGCAUGGGGGUCGAAAAGGGAAGUAAGUUUUUAGCGUGUCGGCGCUCAGUUUUCGUGAUUAGGGCGAGGCAGACUUGAGAGCGACAAAUGCUUCACACGAAUCUCAGCAACAGGGCACGGAGCGAAAUGCCAGACAGUGCCUCGGGAGCGAAGCGCGAAUAGUAACGUUACACCGCAACGCGUAAACAUAUUCGGGGGGGAAGAGAGAAUGCGAAUGGUACGAAGGUUCCGAAGUCAAGCAGAAUGGAAACGAUGUAGCGUCGCUGCGGUAUUUCGUAUAGCUAGAACUAACGUUAGAGUAGAGACUAGAUAGCUAAGGAGCUAGCGGGGUAACUAACGUUAACGUACAUGUAAAGUUCUCCCCCCGAGAAGCUGAAGCAGAGCCUGGAGGCGUCUGUUGAAUGAGAGUCCACCAGCGUCGCAAAAUCAAAGAGAAACAAGAAGAUGCUUCGAAGACUGAACCGUUUGCUUGGCGGUGAUGAGAGAAGAGUAGACAGUAGGACUAUCUAUGUUGGCCGUCAGCCGGGUUCUACCAAUGAGGCUUUCAUCCCACCUAAGUUCUGUGAUAACAGGAUUGUCUCCUCAAAGUAUACAGUUUGGAACUUUCUACCAAAGAACCUGUUUGAACAGUUUAGACGAAUUGCCAACUUCUACUUUCUUAUCAUCUUCCUGGUGCAGGUGAUAGUGGACACCCCCACCAGCCCAGUCACCAGUGGCCUACCCUUAUUUUUUGUGAUUACAGUAACCGCAAUCAAGCAGGGCUACGAGGACUGGCUGCGGCACAAGGCUGACUAUGAAGUGAAUAAGUACCGAGUGACAGUGCUAGAGGAUGGCCGGAGGAUAUCGAAGGAGAGUGAGAAGAUCAAGGUUGGAGAUGUUGUGGAGGUGGUUGAAGACGAGACCUUUCCCUGUGAUUUAAUACUGCUGCAGUCUAGCCGAGAUGAUGGCACAUGUUUUGUUACCACAGCGAGUUUGGAUGGAGAGUCCAACCAUAAAACGCACUACACGGUGCCGGACAUCGAAAAAGAUCUGGAAAUGCUCUGUGCCACCAUCGAGUGUGAACAGCCCCAGCCUGACCUUUACAAGUUUGUUGGCCGUAUGCAGAUUUACAGAAACAAUCAGGAGUCCGUGGUGAGGUCUCUGGGCCCAGAAAACCUACUGCUGAAAGGGGCAACUUUAAAAAACACAAAGAAAAUCUGUGGUGUUGCAGUUUACACGGGCAUGGAGACAAAGAUGGCUCUAAACUACCAGGGCAAGUCUCAGAAACGCUCGGCUGUGGAGAAGUCUAUCAAUGCCUUCCUUCUGGUUUACCUUUGCAUAUUGCUGAGCAAAGCCUUAGUGUGCACUACACUCAAGUAUGUGUGGCAGAGUAAGCCUGGACAGGAUGAGCCUUGGUACAAUGAGAAAACCCCAAGAGAGAAGGAAACCAAUCUGUACCUAAAGAUGUUCACUGACUUCCUGUCCUUCAUGGUGCUCUUCAACUUUAUCAUUCCCGUGUCCAUGUAUGUGACGGUUGAGAUGCAGAAGUUUUUGGGCUCUUUAUUCAUCACCUGGGACAAAGACUUCUUUGACCCUGAAAUCAAGGAGGGGGCGUUGGUCAACACUUCAGACCUCAAUGAGGAGCUGGGACAGGUGGAGUAUGUCUUCACAGACAAAACAGGCACCCUCACUCAGAAUAACAUGGAGUUCAUAGAGUGCUGCAUCGACGGCUUCCAGUACACUUACCGGGACACAGCUUCAGAGUUGGACGGAUUUUGUGUCACAGAUGGACCCGUGAGCAAACUACCCCAGAAAGCCAGCACGGAGAGGGAAGAACUGUUUCUGCGUGCCCUGUGCCUCUGCCACACAGUCCAAGUGAAGGAGCCUACAGAGCAGGAUCAAGGCCAAGGGGGUGGACUCCUGGAUCAGGUGGAUGGCUUAGGGGUGGAUGGAGAGGUGCUCCAACCUCCACAGGAGGAGAAAGGCUUUAUAGCCUCCUCACCUGAUGAGAUUGCUCUGGUCAAGGGUGCUGUGAGGUAUGGUUUCACAUUUCUGGGUCUCGAAAAUAAAGUCAUGAAAAUUCUCAACAGAAAUAAGGAUGUUGAAAUGUAUGAACUGCUUCAUGUUUUGAACUUUGACCCAGUGAGAAGGCGAAUGAGUGUAAUAGUCAGAUCCAGAUCAGGUGAUACACUGCUCUUCUGUAAAGGAGCAGAUGCUUCCAUUUUUCCCCGUGUCAGACAGGAGGAGGUUGAAAGGAUACGUAUGCACGUGGAUCGUAAUGCAAAAGAGGGCUACCGUACAUUGUGUGUAGCCUACAAAUAUCUCAGUGCAGAGGAGUACGCCCAGGCAGAUGCAGGGUUGAGGGAAGCUAGACUGGCUCUGCAGGACAGAGAAGAGAAGCUCAUGGCUGUUUACAACCAAGUGGAGACUGGCAUGAGUCUGAUAGGAGCUACUGCUGUAGAAGAUCGGCUUCAAGAGGAGGCAGCAGAGACCAUGGAGUCUCUGCAGGGGGCAGGCAUUAAGAUUUGGGUCCUAACUGGGGACAAGAUGGAGACAGCAAAGUCCACCUGUUAUGCUUGUAGACUGUUUCAGAGAAACACGGAGUUGUUGGAGCUAACAGUGCGUACUCUGGAGGAUGGAAGGAUGAGGCGUGAGGCACGGCUGCAUGAGCUCUUGAUUGAAUACCACAAGAAAGCUGUGCAGGAUGUGCCACCAGGUGUCACCAGAAGCUGGUGUUCUGACAGCCAGGACUAUGGUUUUAUCAUAGAUGGAGCCUCUUUGUCGAUGGUGCUCAACUGCUCCCAUGAAUCCAACUCAAGUCUCUACAAGAACCUGUUCCUGCAGAUCUGUCAGAACUGCACAGCUGUGCUCUGCUGUCGCAUGGCUCCUCUACAGAAGGCACAGAUAGUUAAAAUGGUAAAGAACUCUAAAGGCAGUCCAAUCACCCUCUCCAUUGGAGAUGGUGCCAAUGAUGUCAGCAUGAUUUUGGAAGCUCAUGUUGGCAUUGGUAUUAAGGGUAAAGAGGGGCGGCAGGCAGUGAGGAACAGCGAUUAUGCCAUCCCCAAACUCAAGCACCUCAAGAAACUUUUAUUGGCUCAUGGGCAUCUCUACUAUGUUCGCAUUGCACACCUGGUUCAGUACUUCUUUUACAAGAACCUUUGCUUCAUCUUACCUCAGUUUUUGUACCAGUUCUUCUGUGGCUAUUCCCAGCAACCCCUGUAUGACGCAGCCUAUCUGACGAUGUACAACAUCUGCUUCACCUCUAUGCCCAUCCUGGCCUACAGCCUCUUGGAGCAGCAUAUCUGCAUUGAUGUUCUGCUGGAGAAUGCUACCCUCUACAGAGCGAUUGCUAAGAAUGCCAUGCUACGGUGGGGACCAUUCAUCAAAUGGACAUUACAGGGAGUCUUCCAUGGCUUGGUGUUCUUCUUUGGUGUUCGAUACUUGUUCAGUAAUCCAGCACUCCAGAAUAAUGGCCAGGUUUUUGGGAACUGGUCAUAUGGAACAAUAGUCUUCACUGUCCUCGUCUUCACUGUCACACUAAAGCUUGCUCUGGACACACGGCAUUGGACAUGGCUCAACCACUUUGUAAUCUGGGGAUCCCUGGCCUUCUACGUGGUUUUCAGCUUUUUCUGGGGAGGAAUAAUAUGGCCUUUCCUGAGCCAGCAGCGUUUGUGCUCUGUGUUUGCCAAAAUGCUGAGUUCACUGUCAGUCUGGCUGGUCAUCAUCUUGCUCAUCCUGCUCAGCCUAUUGCCAGAGAUUCUGCUUGUGGUGUUCCGCAACCCCUUUGCCCCCCGCCCUCGACAGAGGAAGCCGGUUCAGUCGAGCGUUGGGGUUCUCCAGUCUCCCCGGUCUUCAUCCAGACACCUGCUCAUGAGAACCUUUUCAGAUGAGUCCAAUACUGUCUUUUAAAAAGGCAGCAGCAGCUGUCACACCACUGUCCUACAAGCACUUGAAGGAGCACGAGUAAAAGGCAGCAAGGACUUGGAGCAACAGUGGCAUCAGCCACAUUCAGGGUCCCAUGCCAGUCAGGUCAGAGCUGUCAGCCUUUCUGUCCAUGGAGAAGAGGAAGAAAAAAGAAGAAAAAGACAUUUGCUGGGGGGAUGGGAUGAAAAGGGAUUUAGCAUUCUUGUCUUUCUGCUCCAUCCCUCUCUGUCAAGUGCCAGCAACUCCUAACCCCCACGCAUGUCUCGCGUUAUAAGAUGCCUGCUCAGAUGACAGACAUGGGUUUUCUUUAUUUUACUUUUUUUUUUUUUAUACUAACUUCCAAAUGUAUGCAUACGUGCUACUGCCUUGUCAGUAGUUUUAUCCAGCUGCAGUUUUACUAAGCAGUUGUAAUGUCAACCUUGAGAACGGCUCACCUGCAUGAAGGUUCUGCAAAUCUUUUAAUAAGCCUCGAUCUCAUUCUCAGUAGUCACACUUAAAGCAGUUAUUCUCCUUAUUUCACUUUUCAACAGUUAUUCUUUAAACAGGAACAUAUCUUCCAGAAAAUACACUCAUCCACUGGCCCAGUUUGUUCAAGAUGAGAAGUUACUGUGAUUUCAGCCCAGCUCAGACCUGCUUUCAGGUUUAUAGAGGACUCUGUGAUCCAAUGAUGACUCUGCACCCUCUAUUGAAUCCUAAGGUGUCAUGCUACCAUUCAAUCCAAAAAGUGUGUCUAUGUGUGUGCUGUAUGCAUGAUUGAGAGAUAGAUUAGAUGUUAAGCAAUGGCAAAGAAAUUUUCUUGGAGCAUGACCUAAAUCUUUGAAUCUCAGAGAUAAUUUGAGAGUCCAGUUAAUAUAAGAAAAUUAAUAUAUAUGCUGUAUUGUUUAUAGCUUAGAGAUGUAUGAUAGCAUCUGCUCAAAGCCAAAAAGAUGAACAGUGUGAUCCAGUUCUGUCCACACAAGUGUGACCUGAAAACAAGUCAGUGUGUGUAACAUAAGUGUGUGCAACUGUACUGGAUGAGAAUGGCUAGAAACGCCUGUGUGCCUGCACUGUUAAAGAAACUGGUUUCUUCACUGCAUAGAUGGCCGCUAAGGCACAAGAAUAUAUGCCUGAGCACACAUAUCAGAUGAAAGCAUUACACACACACACACACACACACAUGCACUAAAGCUUAAAUGAGGCUGAAUGUUGUUCAUUAUCUAGUUUGGAUGUUUUUUUUGUUUUGUUUUCCUCAGGCAGGCUGAUGUAAAGUGUAAAGAAGACCAACUUCAGAUCUGCAGUGCCAAAAUAGUUGAUGCCAUUGUAAGAGUCUAAGCUCCAUCUCCUUGCUUGUGAUGGAGUGGACUGUUUAGCCUUUUGUUCUUUCCUUUAAUUUCUUAUGUUACAUUCCAUUUAAACAUGCCAUGAAGCUUUCCCAUAAACAAUUAUUGUCUAUUUUGAAUAUUUAUUGUGUAAUUUUACUCACAAAAUGUUAUUUUUUUAUUACAUCUUUUUUUAUUGUGAAAAGUGGUCAGCUCUGUUCCAGUUAAGUUAUGUGCCAAUCCCAUUUGAUGGUCUUUGUCGCAUUAAAACAGGCCUUGUAUUUGACCCCACUGGCUGUAACUUGGCAUAUCUGAUAGAGUGCCUCUGCAAAAUAGCACAUGCAGUCAUAACAUUAAGUGGAGAUUUUAAAAGUACAUUAGUGUUGAUUUGUUCCUAACAAAUGGAAAAAUGUAAAUGCCUCAGUGCCAUUUUCUAAGAGAGACAGGACACUGUUCUUGGUGACCUGUCAUCUCCAGACUGCACUGUGCCGGAGACACUGAGAGGGGCUGACUGCUUUGUUAGAAACUGAAAAACCUUUAAGUCGCAUCAGAAAUGCUAUUUUCUGAGCUUAAAAAUAUCUUGGAAUCUAAUGUUUUGCCUGUCCAAAUGAGGAAUAUAAAAAAGGACUGUAUUUUUAAUGCCACUGUUUUCCA